UAAUCUCACCUUAGGAUCCGAAACUUCCGUCUGACAUGGCAUCCCAUUGUUCCCGGGUUCGAUUGUUCACAUGGUUGGUGUGGUGAACUACUUAGCGCGACAGCUGACGCGCCUCGCCAGGCUCGCCUUAUACUGAGAUACCCACAAAAACGUCCUAAGGAUCGACGACGCUUACUUGCUAUAUAUCAUUUGUCGUCGUCUUGCUCCGUCGUUGCAAGACACAUACCAGCCACCUGACCUCACACCACUCACUACCACGCUCGUUUUUCUUAUUGUCUGGAUUUCUCUACUCACAUCUUCUGUCUUUCCUCCUUCAUCGAAACAACAAUUCCAAACACAAACACAGAUCAUCAACAUGCCUACAGCCACGACCAGCAAAUCUUCUCGUGCAUAUCGCACUACCAAGUUUAUCCUCCUUGUCAUGUCGAAGAUUCCCGUACCUUCGAUACCUACCUGCCUCAAGCCUGCCAGGACACCUCCACCGCCACCACCACCAAUGAGCAGGGCCGCGAAGAGGCGAUCUUUGCAGCCGGAAUUCCUUCCAGAGAGACGUGAGGCGACUAUUAGACCAGAGAGAAGACAGAGUGCGAAGAGGAAGUCCUUGCCACCAACACCAAGGCCCGUCUCGAUGGUUACGAGUGUCCCGAGCGAGAAGACGAUCAUCGAAUGAACAAAGGAAAAGGAAAUGCUGGGUUCUGGUCAACCUGGGAGAACGAAUUCGCAGGACGGGUGAGGAACAAGGAUGGAAGAGACAAGCAGAGCCUCGGCGUGCGUCAAGGCGAUGUAACAUGGGAUGAUAGAGAGUGUGCGAAAGAGCACGAUGCCGUUGUAAACGGGCUUACUGUCCUCCUCAUUACACUGGCCAUCGGAGACGGCACAUGCGACGUCUCUGGAGAUGGAAAUUCGUUUCACAUUUGAUGAAGACAUGACCAGGAGUCAUGAUUAGGGACCACUACGUAUGGUGGACUAUCAGGAUGCUCGGAGUUUGGCACGGCGGCGUUAUUCCAGGGAUAGAUUGGAAUGGUAGGACAGGAAAGGCGGGAAAGGAAUGGAAAAUUUUGGCUUUGGAGUUGUCACAAUAGUUCCUCGCGAAAAUCAUACCAUAUGUGGUGACCAACAAGGCUCAUCAGGAUCCAUCUUGACACCAAGCUCGAACAGAGGUCCGAUUUCUUCAGCCUUCAACAAAACGCCAGAGCUGGGACUUCUCACCGCUCGCAGACAGCACAGAGAGUUGCCAGCGGGAAGUGACUUUGUAACAUGAACAAAUUUACGAAAGAUUUCUCUGCCGCAAAAUA